UGAAAGGCAAGAGGAGAUCAAUGCACAGGAAAAACUAUACUUUUAAUCAAGGCAAGGUCAGGCGCUCACAUCGCACACGCUGAGGGCUGAGAAGUUACUUGAAGGCAGUGAAGCUCCAAGCUGAUCAGUCAAUACACACACACACACACACACACACACUCUUGUCAGAGAGACCUGCAAUUUUUGUCCCAUUGUUUGCACAUACACUCACACUCACCCGCACUGUGACACGCACCCUGCUAUUGCCAUGGCUGAGGUAGGGGGCUUCCUCGGCUCCCUGGAUUUGGAUUUGCAUGGAUUUUCCUCCUCUCUUGGGAAUGUCCCUCUAGCUGAUUCUCCUGGGUUUCUGAACGAGAGAUUGGGACAGAUUGAAGGAAGGCUGCAGAGGGGGUCUCCCACGGACUUUGCCCACCUUAAAGGCAUCCUGAGGCGGAGGCAGCUCUACUGCCGCACGGGCUUCCACCUGGAAAUCUUCCCCAACGGCACGGUGCAUGGCACCAGGCAGGAUCACAGCAGAUUCGGGAUUUUGGAGUUCAUUAGCCUGGCAGUGGGACUGGUUAGUAUCCGUGGGGUGGAUUCAGGACUCUACCUUGGAAUGAAUGAGAGAGGAGAGCUGUAUGGGUCGAAGAAACUGACAAGGGAGUGCGUUUUCCGAGAGCAGUUUGAAGAGAACUGGUACAACACAUAUGCCUCGACCCUGUAUAAGCAUCCUGAUUCUGAGAGACAUUAUUAUGUAGCUUUGAACAAGGACGGCUCACCCCGUGAAGGAUAUAGGACUAAGAGACAUCAGAAAUUCACUCAUUUUUUACCAAGACCUGUGGACCCUACUAAAAUACCUGCAAUGUACAGAGACCUCUUCCAUUAUAGGUGAUGUUUCCUGCAGCUGCCCAGUCUGUACAUACUUGGGUUCCCAAGCUUUUUCCUGGAGCACUAUAUUAAUAGUCAUUCCAUCAUUCCUAUAAACUUAGAUAACAUAGAAAAGCACUUAUGUUGAAUUCAACACUGCCAUUCCUCAUUGUUUAAAGUGUAUAUCAAAGCUGGGUUAUUUCUGGGGUGGGGGUGGGGAAUGGGGAGGGAAUCCCGCAUAUAAUCUUUCAUUUUCAUUCACUUUCUUUACCUGAUGGCUACAAAAACAGGUGAAAUAUUCAAAUAUAAGGGAUGACUGAAAACCAGCAAACAAACUUGAUCACAAGAAAGAAAAAGACCACAGAACUGAUACAGAUGCUGCUGAUAAGCUUGGAAUGGUUGGUGACCUAUUAAGAAAAUGGCCUUCAAAUGGUACCCUGCUCAAGUGGCCUUGGGGUUUGCUAUGGGGAUUAUAAUGGACUGGUCCUGAUGUAUGGUUUUUUUCCUGCUGUUGGGGUGGAAAUGGGGGUGGGGAACAUUACUAAGAUGUAAGCAUGGAUACUGUGCAUAAGGACAAAACUAUUUAUAAAAUG